AUCCCCCUCUCUAUAAAUUCUCGCUGCCGUAUUGCUUCCCCCAUUGUACUCUCUCGAUUUCUCUCUUUAAUGAAUCUCCAAAUCGAAAUUUAAGGCCAAAAAGACACAAGGGUUACUAAUUAAAUUAAUCUUCCGCGAAUAUGUUGGUUUAUCAGGAUCUUCUCACAGGUGAUGAGCUCCUCUCGGACUCUUUCCCAUACAAAGAAAUCGAGAAUGGAAUGUUAUGGGAAGUCGAGGGAAAGUGGGUUGUUCAAGGAGCUGUCAAUGUAGAUAUUGGGGCUAACCCUUCUGCAGAAGGUGCUGAUGAUGAUGAAGGUGUUGACGAUCAAGCCGUCAAGGUUGUGGACAUCGUCGACACUUUCAGACUUCAGGAGCAACCUGCUUUUGACAAGAAGCAGUUUGUGACCUUCAUGAAGAGGUACAUCAAGAACUUGACACCCAAAUUAGAGCCUGAAAAGCAAGAGUCUUUCAAGAAGAACAUCGAGGGGGCUACUAAAUUUUUGAUGUCGAAGCUUAAAGAUCUCCAAUUUUUUGUGGGUGAGAGCAUGCAUGAUGAUGGUAGCCUAGUGUUUGCAUACUACAAGGACGGUGCCACCGAUCCAACCUUCCUCUACUUUGCCUAUGGCUUGAAGGAAAUCAAGUGCUAAAUGGAGUUUUCACCCGAUACCGGACCGGCUUUGUUAUACCUAAAGACUUAGUUUUAAUUCUAGAUAUAAGGAGUUCUUAACUAUCUAUUUUAGUCUUUUUUAUCUCUUUUAGGUCAUAUUUAUAAUGUUUGGUUUUUAAGGGUUAUGAACUAUUGGUUAAAGGAUAUGCUUGAGGAAUAAAAUUUACUGUUUUCGAGCA